UCGUCUCAAUGCGCAUGGCACGGAUCCGUGCCGCAUCAAUUUUACAGCACACUCCAGUACAAAGCGAAUGUUGGGAUAACGAAUACGUAGUUUGUGUAUUGCGCCAGUGUUCAGUUUAUUACAUUUAAGAUGAGCAGUGACGGCGAGGGAGCCUCUGAUAUGAAAAAACCUAAAAGUGAAAUAACAGAUGAGGUAUCAGCAUCGGGAAUUUGCUCACAUAAAAUGAAAAGUGACGAGGAAUGUGCCCCCGACAGCAAAAAUCCUAAAGAUGAAGCGUUGUCCGAUGAGGAGUGGGAAACGCAGUCGGAGUCGUCUGGAUCGGAAACUACCGAAAAAUUCUGUAGUGAAAAUGAAAACUUUUCAGAUGACGAUGACUCAAAUGACUCCAUCUCGGACACUAGUGAGGAGGAUUUUGAAGAGAGCGAAGAAGACGAGCAGGAAGAAGAUGAUGCCACCGCGUCCAAAGCUGCCACCCCAAACUGGUCAAGCGAAGUCUGCGAGAUGAAGGCUUUUGAUUUUUUAAAAUCCGGCCAACUUCUGCUGGAAAUUCCCGCCGAUCGGGAGCCAAUCGAUUAUUUUCGGGCGAUUUUUGACGAUGAAAUUUUGAAUUUAAUGGUUACCGCGACAAAUCAAUACGCCGAAGAGAUGCUUUUAUCACCUGGACAAUCUCGAAUUACUGAAUGGAAGCCGGUCACACCGCAAGAAAUGUUGAUAUUUGUCGCUUUAGUUCUACACACGGGCACACUCAAGCUCGAUCGCCUUCGGGACUAUUGGAAGGACAACCGACUAUUUAAUUUGAAAAGCUUUUCGCAACACAUGGAUCGUGAUCGGUUUCUUCUACUAAUGGAUUGUUUAAGUUUUUCCCAAAAGUUAGAAGAACCAUCUACGGACAGACUACAUAAAGUACGUCCAAUGAUCGACUUCUUUAAUAACAAGAUGGCCGCCACUUUCUACCCCGAUAAAGAAUUGUCACUAGACGAACCGAUGUUUUUGCAGCCGGGACGUUUCAUAUUCCGCAGUCACUUCCGAGACAAACACCUGAGAUACGGCAUCUACCUGCAUACGUUGACAGGACCCCAUGGUGUAAUUCUGAAGCUCUUCUUGCACCCCGGUUACGCAGGCAAAGCUCGCGCAAUAAAAGUCGUACUAAAGCUCCUCGAAAACUACUUAGACGUUGGCCAUUCCGUCUAUCUAGACAAAUAUUACAACUCAUACGCGCUGGCCGAAGAAUUGGGCCGUCGCAAAACCCACUGCACUGGCCCGUUGAACACGCUGAGGAAGGGCAAUCCCAGAGACGUCGUCAAGAAAAAUCUACAAAGGCGCGAAAAGGUGGCCGCGUACUGCAAUGGUAUCAUGGUGGGCAAGUGGAACGAUAUUUUGUACAUUUCAAACGAACAUCCGAACCAAACGACCAAAUUCACCGACCGAAGAAAUCGUACAAGACAAAAGGCCACCCCAGUUUUUUACUACAACAAGUACAUGUCUGACUACGACCACUGGGAGUUGAUAGACUCGCAUUAUCCAUGCAGCACAAUAACCCUGAAAUGGUACAAAAAGUUAGGAAUCCACUUCAUCCAGCUUAUGCUGAUCAACGCCUACUCAUUGUACAAAAAAUACUCGCAGCAAAACGCGCAGUUUUACCAUUUCAGGUUAGCGGUACUCAAGAGUCUACUGAGCACGGAGGAACAAAAGCCUCUCAAACCGAGUCCCAAACCAGGACACGUCAUAUCGAAGAUUCCAUCGGUGAACAAGAAUGGCGAAACGAAUAGGAAACGCUGUAGGGUUUGCUCGCAAAAUAAAGUUAGAAAAAUGACGAUCUACCACUGUGCAGCGUGCCCAGAUCAACCCGGAUUGUGUGUAGGCGAAUGCUUUGACACUUUUCAUUCGUAAGAUACCAGAUGUCAGUUUUGUUCUUGCAUUUACUCUUAUGUCUUUCGUUUCAUGUAUCUAAAUAUGGAGCAUUUGGGAAAAAUAUAUAUUUCUUUA